AAUUAUUAUGUUAUUAGUAGCAGAAUCGUUCUUGUUGGGUGUUGCUGUGAGAAUCGCGAGUUGAACUUAGAAUUUAUCAACCGCAGAUAUCUUUAUGCCCUCAAUACUUUAUAAAGUGUUCUUUCUUGCUUUGUCUUUUUCUGUAAUUUGAACUUUUUUCCAUUUCUGUAAGGCGUCUUUGCUCUUAAGGUGGUUUGGUUGUGGGGUGGAACAAGAGAGGCCCGCUUUUUCCACAAGGGUCGCAACCCCACCAGCAAUUUGUGUGAGAGUGUGUGUGUGUGUGUGUGUGUGUGUAAAGAGGGAAAGCAACAAUGGAGUUCAUAACUGAGGAAAUGAUCAAACAGUUUCUGGCCCAGAUGGAAAUAAUUGAUGAACCACUGAAGAAAGCCUUCCUGAAUAUACAUAAUGGUUACCCAAGGGAGAAUUUGAUGAGGUUUCUAAAAGCAAGAGAUGGAAAUCUCUCGAAUGCACACAAGAUGCUUAUAGACUGCUUAAACUGGAGGAUACAAAAUGAAAUUGAUAACAUACUUGCGAAGCCUAUUGAUCCUAGCGAUGUGUAUAGAGCAAUACGGGAUUCUCAGCUAGUAGGAAUGUCUGGGUAUUCGAGAGAGGGUCUUCCUGUCAUUGCUGUGGGUGUCGGGCUCAGCACAUACGAUAAAACAUCUAUUCACUACUAUGUCCAAUCACAUAUCCAGAUGAAUGAAUACAGAGAUCGCGUGAUAUUGCCUUCGGCAACAAAAAAAUAUGGACGGUAUAUUGGCACAUGCAUAAAGAUUCUGGACAUGAGUGGUCUAAAGCUUUCUGCAUUGAAUCAAAUCAAGUUAUUGUCUGCAAUAUCAACGAUUGAUGACCUGAACUAUCCCGAGAAGACGCAGACUUAUUACAUAGUCAAUGCCCCAUACGUAUUUACAGCAUGCUGGAAGGUUGUUAGACCUCUUCUGCAAGAGAGAACGAGGAAGAAAGUUCAGGUUCUUUCGGGCUCUGGUAGAGAGGACUUGUUGAAGAUUAUGGACUAUGAAUCUCUCCCACAUUUUUGUAGAAGAGAAGGGCUGUUAGUGAUUGCUUUUCCUUGGACCAUCCCUUCCAUCAGCAGCUUUACAACUACGUCAAGGAGCAAGCUGCACUAAUGGACUCAGUUGCACUGGUCGAACAUGGUUCGGUCCAUGUAGAUGUCCCAGAGCCUGAUCCAGAAGAUAUCAAAAUUGCUCAAACUAUAGAAUCUGAGUUCCAGAGAAUCGGGAACCAAAACGGGCUUUCACACUCGUUCCAUGAGCUUAAGAUAACUGGGGAUUGAACGCAGUGGGGUGUCAGCGUACAACUACUGUAUAUAGCCUAAAGGGCCACCCACUCAAGAGCUGUAUUACACAAGCUAGCAUUACAAAGAUGCUGGGUUGUGUUGUUCUUGCCUCCUCUUCUUCGUCUUCCAUUUUUUUACUUGUGGUGGAUGCCACAUUGUCACCCAGCUUUAUGGAAAUCCAUAAGAACAAAUCCCGAGUUGUUUUAUAUUUGAUGAUUUAUCUUCUGAUCAG